AUGUGGAUCAGGCCGAAACAGGGCAUUGUGCAAAAUUAUGCACCAGACAACUUGCGUCAAGCACAAGUGUGUCAUCAACGAGGAUGGACAGAGGAUGACAUUCUCAUCUUCCUGCACCUCAACCCUAUGGUGGCAACUUUCGAGUGGGCAGAAAUUCUCGCUCAGGCAGCCACCGACAGAGAGGAAGGAGAUCAUUACUCAAUCGCGAAUGCUCUCCUCUAUAGCCACACCAUAAUGCAGAAAUCCACGUUCUCGGCCCUUUGCGAGAAGAUCGAUAUGGACCCCUCUGACGUUCACCCUGAUACCAAGGACUAUGAAUUCUUUGUGAAGGAGUACAAUGCUGAUGUUACAGCAACUCGGUUAAUCGAGGCAUGGAAAAACCAGACCCCGGUGUAUCCCCCGCCCGUGUUUAUUGCGGACACACAGCUAGCUGACUAUCUCGUUAUCGAGCAUGCCGGCCCAACUGACAUAGGAUCAUUCCGCACUGAAUCACCCCUCAGUUCGCCCGCGAGCGAGGGGGACGUUUCGGGGUGA